GGGUCGGACGUGAUCGUCCAGGCGGCGGCGGGACGGGCUGGCCGGGCGGCAGCAGCAGUAGCAGCGCCGGAUCUGCCUGAGGGGACCCUCCCAGUCUGAUCUUAAAGGGACUGACUCGCCUGACUGCCCCUCAGCAGCCCCCCUGAGACUAGGGGGGCCCCUCCCCCUUACGGCCCCCAGGACUUCCUAGGACCCUCCCCUUACUGCCCCCGGCCUAGGGGCCGCCACCCUAUUGCUCCCCUCCCCCGGCGGCCUAAGCGGCGCCUCAUCUUGUUGCGCCUCUUAGCCCCACUCCCUGCCCCUUUCUUAUCGGGGGGCGGGGGUCUUCUCUCCUGCCCACGCUUUGGCGGCUGUUUGUGGGUCCCCUGGCUCCCUAGGGCCGUAUCCUCUCCCCCCCGGUCCCUUGGCCUCUAUUGUCCGGGGCACCUCAGCUGUCUCGCCUGAGAUUCCCCUCCCCCCCGCUUGUGUUUAAAGUUGCUCCCUCCCCUCCCUUGCAUCGGCUUCUGCGAGCUCGCCCCAGAGCUCUCCCGCUCUUCCCCUGUAACUUGGAUUUAAACCCCCGGGAGCUGCUCCUUUGCGAACCCCUCACCCUGCAGCCUGUCCCUCGGGUCGCUGUUUUCUCCUCUCCCCCCUCCCGUGUCCUGCUUGAUCCCUAGAUUCCCAGCUCCAACCCACCCAAACUAGAAGCAAAAGGCCGAGCUUUCGGCUGCCCCCGGCGUGUUGUUUGGCCCCUGUAUGCUCAGGCAGGAAUUCCUUCUUCUCCCACAGGUGGCGGGUUUUAGGGGUAGUGGACAAAGAGUUAAUUCGGGGCUGACUGGUCCCUGUUUGAACUCCCUUUGGAGCCUGCCAGGUGGCCAUCCGAGCCUGUUGCAACUGCUGCUUUUUUUAAUUUUAUUUUAUUCUUUUCUUUUAUACGUCAGUAGCAGUGGGCUAUGGAGAUCUUAGCUUGCUGAGGACUCACCCAUCUCCCCUCCCACCCCCUAAGGGGCGGUGAUAGCAGUUGAGAGGUGGAGAAGGAUGCCAAGAAAGCUUUUGUUGCCUUACAAAUCUGUUUUUUCUCACUUUCGAGCUCCAAGGGGUUUGCAUGAUUCCUUGGCAAUGAAUGCAGCCAAAAGUGGCUACCGGGUCUUCUCGGCGAAUUCCACAGCAGCCUGCACCGAGCUGGCAAAGACGAUCACAGAGCGUCUUGGUGUUGAGUUGGGAAAAUCUGCGGUGUACCAGGAAACCAAUGGAGAAACAAGAGUUGAAAUAAAAGAAUCUGUCCGGGGCCAAGAUAUCUUCAUUAUACAGACAAUACCCAGAGAUGUGAACACUGCUGUAAUGGAAUUGUUGAUAAUGGCUUAUGCACUGAAGACUUCCUGCGCCAGGAAUAUUAUUGGGGUCAUCCCUUACUUCCCCUAUAGCAAACAAAGCAAAAUGAGGAAGAGGGGCUCGAUAGUCUGCAAACUGCUAGCUUCUAUGCUGGCCAAAGCAGGUUUAACACACAUUAUCACUAUGGAUCUUCAUCAAAAGGAAAUCCAAGGCUUCUUCAGCUUUCCAGUAGACAACUUAAGGGCAUCCCCUUUCUUGCUUCAGUAUAUACAGGAAGAAAUUCCAGAUUACAGAAAUGCAGUUAUUGUGGCCAAAUCCCCUGAUGCAGCGAAAAGGGCUCAGUCUUAUGCCGAGAGACUGCGUCUGGGACUAGCAGUUAUCCAUGGAGAGGCUCAGUGUACGGAGCAGGACAUGGAUGACGGCCGCCACUCUCCCCCAACUGUCAAAAAUGCCACUGUGCACUCUGGCCUAGAGCUGCCCUUGAUGAUGGCCAAAGAGAAGCCACCAAUAACUGUAGUCGGAGAUGUUGGGGGAAGAAUCGCCAUCAUUGUGGAUGAUAUUAUUGAUGAUGUGGAAAGCUUUGUAGCAGCUGCAGAAAUCCUGAAAGAGCGUGGUGCUUACAAGAUUUUUGUGAUGGCCACUCAUGGACUCUUAUCUGCAGAUGCUCCCCGUCUAAUUGAGGAAUCUGCAGUCGAUGAGGUGGUGGUGACCAACACAGUUCCACAUGAAGUUCAGAAGCUGCAGUGCCCCAAGAUAAAGACUGUGGAUAUCAGUUUGAUCCUCUCUGAAGCCAUCCGAAGAAUCCACAAUGGGGAGUCCAUGGCUUAUCUCUUCCGCAACAUCACCGUGGAUGACUAGAUUGCAAUGUUGCCCUUGUCCUGGGUUUCCUGAAGAGAUGGGAGAAGGAAACGUGCAUGAAAACGCAAUGCCAUAAAUUAUAGACACAACACAACUGUUUCUUCUGCUAGGGGGAGGGUGUAGGAUGUUUAAGGACUGAAGCCAUGAGAUUGAAUAGCAAAAGUAAAAUUGAACAGCCCUGAUACCUGCAGCCUCUUCUGUUCACCUUGCAGGAAGGAUUACAUUUUAGUUCUGAUCAGGAAAUAGAGAGGUUUUGAAUUGUAAGUAAAAGUUGCCUGAAAGCUAUUUAGUGUCUGCUUCUCGCCCUUUAAAACAAAGCUGUAGUCUCAUGAGAGGGGGAAUCUGGAAGUCUUGUUGCUACACAUGGACUGAUGAAGUAAAGAUGGUCAUGCUAUUUCUAGUUUAUGGAUUGACUAUAGAAUACAGAAGGGAACACUUCAUUUAAGCUGUCUGGGCAGGUAGGGUGCUGCCUGUAGUGUUGAUGUGCAGAAAACCCCCGUGCCAACUUUUGUAACCUUUUCUAAUUUCAUUUAUUCAGCAUAGGUUUAUUUUUAUGAAAUUAUUGGCUGUAAGUAUAUUCAACAGUGGCAGCCUAGAAUGACCCAGUGGCAGUUAAAUCCUUAAAUUAGAUUUGUCGGUGUUUAUAACAACUUAAAUAUAUUUAUCUUAGCAGGAGUGGGAACAUAGUAGUAGAAUAUGUCAACCUUUAUCUCUCGAGCCUUGGAUUCUUGUCACAACUCCGUGGCAAGUAAUGUGAGUUUGAUCCCUUUUGGAACACUUGUCUACAUUGUCUAAAUUAAGCACAAUUUGUGAUUUUUGACUGUUGGCUCAGAAGUUGCCUAGGUUUGAUAUAUCCUGGCAGAAUUAUAUGGGGAAACUUUGCACAUCUGCCUCAGAGAUGGCUAUACUUUCUGAAACUCUAAUGAUCAAGCAGCUAAAAAGCAUAGGAUGUUUAUUUUGGACCUUUUCCCUGUGGACAGCUGCCAUUUUGGUCUGUUGUUGUAAAUAGGUUAAAUACAUUGACGGGGCAGCCCUGUAAAGUAAAGAAAAUGUAGAUGCUUUAAACCUGUUUUCUGAAACACCCAUUGAAUUCCUGCCUCUAGACAGAGAGGCCUUGUUGCUUGCUCCUUUUACAAGUGACACUCAACCUUGGCUCUUGGCAAGGAGUAUAUGGCUGGGAAAGCAAUCCUAGUUAAUUGUGAUGAGUUUUGCUGGGCUAUAAUAAGAUCCAAGGGCAUAUUUCAAAAACAU